UCGGCUCAAGCUAGGCUAACUAGCUGCUGCAGAGUGACAUGUAGUCAACUUUACACUCCGUUUCAAUGAGGGAGCUUCCAGAGUGAUUGGGCCAUGGAGUUAAGAAAGAUCAAGGACCAGUCUCCAUUGGUACAGGCUAUAUUUAGCCGAAAUGCAGAAGAAGUGACAUCUUUGUUGAACCAGGAUGAAGAUGUCAAUUCACUGGACGAAGACCAAAGCACACCACUUCAUGCUGCUGCCUAUUUGGGCGAUGUCCACUCAAUGGACCUUCUUAUUACUUCAGGUGCGGAUGUCAAUGCUAAGGACCAGGGUUUGCUGACUCCUUUACAUCGAGCAGCUGCCUCUCGAAAUGAAAAAGCCGUUGAGCUGCUACUAAUGCAUAGUGCAAAGGUCAACACACAGGACAAGUACUGGCAUACACCUUUACACAUGGCAGCUGCUAAGUGGGCCACAGGCUGCGCUAAAGCUCUGAUACCACAUGUGUGCAGCCUGGAUGUUGCUGACAGGUCAGGAAGGACACCUUUGCAUUAUGCAGGGCACAGCGGUCAUGGAGAGAUGGUGAACUUGCUCCUGAGCAAAGGUGCCAAUGUGAGUGCCAAAGAUGAGAAGGAAAGGCAGGCAAUCCACUGGGCUGCAUACCUUGCUCUUUCAGGACAUGUGGAGGUCGUGAAGCUGCUGGUGUCUCACAGUGCUGAUGUGAUGUGCAAAGACCAACGUGGUUACUCUCCGCUCCAUGCUGCAUCCGCCAGUGGACAGUUGGACGUGGUCAAAUAUCUAUUGAGACUGGUGGUGGAGAUUGAUGAACCAAACAUUUUUGGGAAUACAGCGCUCCACAUGGCCUGUCACGCGGGGCAGGACGCUGUGGCCACUGAGCUCGUGAACAGUGGUGCCAACAUCAAUCAGCCCAAUCACCACGGCAGCAUGCCGCUGCACCUGUCUUCUGCCUCCUCCAGCGGGGUGCUGUGUCUCGAGCUGCUCAUCAACAAUGGCGCUGAUGUCAACGUGCAGAAUAAAGAAGGGAAGAGCCCUCUGCAUAUUGCUGCUAUGUUCGGGCGCUUCACAGGCUCCCAGAUUCUAAUCCAAAAUGGGGGGGAGAUUGACUGUGCUGAUAUGUUUGGAAACACUCCUCUUCAUGUUGCUGCCAGAUAUGGUCAGGAGUUGCUGAUCAGCACUCUGCUGACAAACGGUGCAGAUAAGACCACACAGGGGAUUCACGGGAUGCUUCCACUGCAUUUGGCGACGCUUUACGGAUUUCCAGACUGUUGUCGAAAGUUACUGUCCAAUGGUCAGUUUUACAUCAUGCCGUCUCAGGUCCUGUCAGCUGGGGAUGAUAUAAACAUUUUAGACGACCACGGAAGGACCUGUCUGCAUGCAGCUGCCUCUGGAGGGAAUGUUGACUGUCUGAACUUGCUGUUGAAUAGUGCCGCUGCUGAUCUGGAUGCUAAAGAUCAUUUGGGAAGAUCCCCUUUGCACUACGCCGCAGCUAACGGGAACAGCCAAUGUACGAUCUCAUUGGUGAGAGCCGGCGCUGAUGUCAAUGAGCUGGAUCUGACGGGCUGCAGCCCUCUGCACUUCGCUGCAGCUUCACACACCUUUUGUGGGGAAACCAACUCUGAGCCCGACUACUGUGAUGAAAAGCAACAGGAAGCCUCUCUGUGUUUAGACUUCUUGCUUGACAACGGGGCAAACCCAACUCUGAAGAACAGUAAGGGUUACAGUGCGGUCCACUAUGCAGCAGCUUAUGGGAACAAACAGCACCUGGAACUGCUCCUGGAGAUCUCGUUCAACUGUCUAGAAGAGGUUGAAAGUAAUAUUCCAGUCAGUCCUUUGCACUUAGCUGCGUAUUAUGGUCACUGUGAGGCACUGCGUUUACUUUGUGAGACAUUAGUGAGCCUGGAUUUGCGGGACAUGGAAGGCAGAACUGCCCUCCAUCUGGCUAGUCGGAGGGGUUUUGCCACAUGUGUGGAGGCGCUGCUGAAGCAUCAAGCCUCCUACACACUGAAGGAGCACACGCACAAGCGGACGGCUCUCCAUGCUGCAGCUGCUGAGGGCCAAAUGGACUGUCUGCUGUUAUUGGUCAGUGGGGAACAAAGUGCCGACAUCAUCGACAGUCCAGAUACACAGGGACAGACGGCUCUCAUGCUGGCAGCUCUGGGACGUCACACAGACUGUGUCCACAUCCUGUUGGAGAAAGGAGCAACGGCAGAUGCUGCAGACAAAAAGGGCUUCACUGCAUUUCACAGAGCUGCCAUUUUGGGCAGUGAGGACUGUGUAUCUGCUCUGUUGGAACAUGGGGCCUCUCCUCUGUGUAGAGAUUCUAAGGGAAGGACCCCGCUGCACUUCGCAGCGUCCCGUGGACACACAAAGCUACUUCAAACGUUGCUAAAGGCUGCUAUGAAAGCUGACCCUCUAGACUCCAUAUUGGACUUCAGAGGCUACACACCAACCCACUGGGCGGCCCACCACGGGCGUGAAGGAUGUUUACACAUUUUACUUGAAAACAAACUUUUUAGCAACCAGGAGGGGAAUCUCUUCACCGCAUUGCACUGUGCUCUAGUUAAUGGACAUGAUGUUGCUGCUGGACUUCUGGUGAAGACUGUCGGUCCAAAACUUGUUCACGUUAGCGAUGCCAAAGGAAGGACUGCGCUGCAUGCAGCUGCUUAUUCAGGAAAUGUCGCUGGGCUCCAGCUGGUCCUGGCCCAGGGAGCAGAAGUCAAUGCUGUGGAUCAUUGUGGAUGCUCUGCUUUGAUGGUUGCUGCUGACUAUGGACAGACUAUGGCUGUUGAGUUCUUGCUCCACAAAGCGAAGCCUGACCUGACCCUGGUGGAUGUCAAUACUAAUACUGCCCUUCACUUGGCCUGCAUCAAGGGUCAUGAGAUGUGUGCCCUGUUGAUCCUCGGAGAGACCAGUGACUCCUCCCUCAUAAAUGCGACAAACAGCACUCUGCAAAUGCCCCUUCACAUUGCAGCAAGGAAAGGCCUGGCAACUGUAGUGCAGGUGUUACUAAGCAGAGGGGCUGCAGUCAUGGCAUUAGAUGAGGAAGGCCACACUCCGGCCCUGGCCUGUGCCCCAAACAAGAACGUGGCAGACUGCCUGGCGCUGAUCCUCUCCACCAUGAAGCCUUUACCACCCAGAGAGGCCGGCGCUGUUCCGGCCUCCCACUUCAACCCCAUUCUGAAGAAGUAUGGCAUUUCAUCCACCUGUGGGUCCAGCGGUAACCUGUGUCCCGCCUAAAUCAAGGUGCCGCACUCGAGGGUACUGUGGGCCUGCGAGUGAAAUUUCAUCCCAGUGCAGCCCAAAGUGUCCACACAUUAUCACACAUACAUGUCUUCAGGAACAUGUGUGGUCAUGCAUAGCUUCUUCUCUUGCACGUGGUGACAGUGUCAUAUGCAGCUGCAUGCACACCAUGUGCUUAUGCAACAGCAGCUUCGAUUGCUUCUUUGAGAUCUAGUCUUACACACUUCUGAUAUUAGCAGGCUUUUUAGAUUACUAUCUUGAUUUGAGCACACACAUACUUAUUUUAAUGAAGUACUAACCAUUGAAAAAUAAUGGAAGUUUGAACAAGCCUCUCCCCUCGAGCCCCGUCCGCUGUCAGUAUUUGCUUAAUUUCUCAUUAACCGACAAAGCCUGAAAUUAUCAAUGUUUGUCUUCAGCUGAUGCAAGUGCAAGAAUACUCGUAUGAUUGAGUGUUUGUUUUACAUAUAUGUGUGUGUGUGUCUGUAGGAGCUAUUUUGCAUAAUGGGCAUUGCUUCUUAAUAUACUUGUUUUAAAAUAUCUAACGGGUGCUUUAAACCUUUUAUGCAAUUAAUAAGACUCUAUUUUUAUAUCCUGUCCAGAGUGUAGCCGACAGUUCACUGAUAUAAAUAAUCUUAUUAUUCAAAAUAUGUUUUUAAAUGUUUUACAUUUCAGUUUAGUAAAUUCACAAGCAUGUGUAUCGUGGUAGUUAUAUAGUUUACAAAGUCUAGUAUAUAUUAUAGUUCUUGAAAAUGGAGCUAACAUUUGUAUUAUCUUGAAUUUCCCAAAUUCUUGAGAAUCAACCUCAGGUCACGACGUACUGUACUGUGGGUGCAAUAAAAAUGACAUUUUUAGCUGCAUGGUUCAUGACAAAUAUAUAACAGUUGGAUUAUAUUUCAGUUAAACUGAUAUGAAUCACGCAGGAAGAAAAAGAACGUUCACUGAGCGUUAAAGUCUUUAGUAAAUGUAUCUUUUCACUACAUCUGCAACUAAAGAUUAAUUACAUUUUUCAUAAUUGUAACUUUUCAUAAUUAUAACGUUUCAAAUGUCCAAGCUGACUUAUUUAAAUUGAUUGUUUUUUUCUGAUCAGCAGUCGAAAACCCAAAGAUAUUUAAUUUACAUAGAAAAUCCGUUAUAGUUAAAAAGAUAAAUCCAGAAUAUAUCAAAUAAAUGUUUUGCUUGAUGAAUUGGUAACAUUUAAAUUAUUAAAUGGUCAAGGAAUAUUUGUUGAUCAACCAGUCAAUUUUACUUCUGAUGUCGCUGUAACGUUGACUGUGCAUCAGAAACUGCUUCCAUCUAAUGCCACUAACGAUCUCUGAGAAACACUAGAAAAUAAAAGUGUCUAGUAAACAUGUCACAGAAUUUAUGAUUAAGAGAAAAUAACUUGGCAACCCCCCCCCCCCCCCCGCCCUCCAAAUAAAGUGUUUUUUAAUCUUUUUUUUUUUUAUGUGUACAUUGGUACGAAGAUGUCAUUGCAUCCCUCUUUUAAAAUAAGGUUUUUAUAAAGGAGGUGUGCGUUAAAUGUUUGUAUUUCCAAUUUGAAAUCUGUAUCCACACAGACUGACAUUUUCCCCCUUCUUAAUUAUUAUUUUGUUCCUAGUAAUGCCUGCUGUGUCCACUUAAAAUGGCUUUAAACUUAUUUGCACUCUGACAUGAAAGUUUACAGUAAGAUGUCCACCUUAGGUUUAUGCAAAUAUGUAACAUUUGCAUUUUACAACUUUUGGCUGUAGAAGUAUCAAUAAACGCUAGAAUCCAAUUCA